UACCGAUUACCUGUGCAGUCUUUCACCAGAGGUUGAUUCCGCGGCGGCAGCCCCGUGAAUGCUACAACCCCUGAAUGAUAUCCAAUGAUCUUCCUGCGGACCCUAUGACCCAUCCGCCAGUCCUCAUCAUUCUCACAGACCCCAAAAUUACAAUCGCUAACAUCGCCUCAUCCCUACAGUCUUCAUAACCCCAUAUCAAAAUGUCUGAGACCAAGGAAUUCACCUUCAAGGAGGUGUCCGGCCACAACACCAAGAAGGAUCUGUACAUGGUUGUCCACGAUAAGGUCUACGACUGCUCCUCUUUCGUUGACGAGCACCCAGGUGGAGAAGAAGUCCUGCUCGAUGUCGGCGGUCAGGACGCCACAGAGGCUUUCGAGGACGUCGGACACAGUGACGAGGCCCGUGAGAUCUUGGACGGUCUCCUAGUCGGAAACCUCAAGCGCGUGCCUGGUGACCCUGCCCCCCGUUCUCAGGCCCAGUCUACCACCAACGCCUCUUCCAACUCUGGCUCUACCGGCCUCGGUGUCGGUGUCUACGCCUUUCUUGUCCUCGGCGGUAUCGUCGCCUACGGUGCUUACCAGUACCUGAACGCUGCUAGUGCCGAGUCUCAUUAAAUGAAGGGCUUAGAUACUUGGACCAAAAAAGAAAUGAAAAGGAGCAAAAAAAAAAAAAUAAGUUAAUCGAGAACAAACCUUUUUUCGACACGAUUUCGCGUUUUUUGAAACGUAUGACCGUCUCGGUGUGCUUUCCGUCCAGCAUCGGGAGGUUUACAUGGUGAUAUCCACUGCAGACACUGUUUUAGUUGUUUGUUAUCUUGUGAAUUGCGCAAUUUAAGGAAGACCGAAGAUUCUUCUUGGCAUUAUGACGAUUAUUACCUUUUUUUUGCCUCUGAGAAGCAGUAGAAGGGGCCGCUUUGCUUCUGUAUCUUACGGCUCAAGUUAAACAUAGAUCGCGAAUUAUCUUGAAUUGAUUUCCUACGCAAAGCGGGCCAGAAAAUGUAAUGUUCCCAUCACAAGUCUCAAAAAGUGUAAGAACAA